UCUGUAAUAUCACAGAAUAUAACAUAUAUAGAGAUUCUACUUUUCCGUACUUGUUAUCAAUAUAAUUUCGUCGUAAAUAAUAAACACAUAAUAUUAUAUAAUAUAAAUUAUCAAAAUAAAUAGUAAAAUAUACCCAUUAAAACAUCAACAAUAUUCAUUUAAUUUCAUUCUACAUUUAUACCUAAUUUAUAAUUCUCUAAACACCAACGUUUAAAAUCAAAUAGAGUCAAAAGUCUUUUACAACCUCCCGAAGCGGAAAUAUAUUUCCAAUUCUCGUUCGUCAAAUUAAAUAUUUAUCAUAUCGUCGUCCCCUUCGCAGACGAUAUUUUCAUCCAUCGCCGAGGCCGCCGGUCGGUGGAGUGAAAACGUUCAGUAAAUACAGUUCACGUCUUCAGCGACAUGAUGAGUUCGAGUGGUGCUAUCGAUAACGAUGUGAACGCGACUUCCAUGGAAACGGAUGACGAUAUCGAACAAUUUGUGGCUCAAACUACCGAUAUUGAAAUGUCGUCGACGGCAAUCACGUCCCACGUUAAUCUGCCUGUUUCGUCAGUCGCACCAAUUAUGAGCUCAUCUUCCCCAUCAGCAGCAGCUCUCAAUAACAAACCGUCCACGACAUCCGUAACUCUCAACAAUCUACUGGUACCACAAGUUGCACCACUCAUCAGUUCAACUAUACCGACGAUCGCUGCUCCACUCAUCAAUCCGCCCAUGUCUCCAAUCGUACACGCAAAUCACACAACAGUGUCCACAGUCACGUCUCUUAAUAGUACUCCAGUAUCGACAAUAGCUGUACUCAAUAACCCUUCAGUAGUAACCACUACCCAACAAAAUAUUGUAAUGCAACAACUCCAAUUCCAACAGUUACAACAACUGCAACAGCAACAGCAACAACUCCAGCAACAGCAGCAACAACAACAACAGCAGCAGCAACAACAACAACAACAGCAGCAACAACAACAACAACAGCAGCAACAACUCCAACAGCAACUACCGCUACAACAGAAACAACAAUUAACGACGCAACAGCAACAGCUCCAGCAGCAGCAAAUCCAACUUCAACAGCAACAACUUCAACAAAUGCAACAGAAACAAUUACUAAUACAACAACAACAAAUAAAACAUCACCAACAGCAACAAAUAAAACAACUGCCGCAACCACAAUUACUACAGCAGCUGCAACAACAACCACAACAGCAACAACAAUCGGCACAGCAGCAACCCCAACAACAACAGCAAUCCCAACAACUUCAGCAAUCCCAACAACUUCAGCAACAGCUACAGCAACAACUAACGUCUCAGCAGCAGCAACAACAGCAACAACUUUUAUCUCAGCAGCAGCCACAACAGCAACAACUUAUAUCUCAGCCGCAGCAACAACUUCCGUCACAACAGCAACAACAACAGACAGUACUGCAGUCACAACCACAAGCGACUCAACAACAGCAAUUACCAUCGCAGCAGCAGCAACAACAGACAGUGCAACAACCACAAUCACAAAUGACCCAGCAACAACAAUCACCGUCACAACAGCAGCAGCAAACUUCACAGCAGCAACAACAAAUGUCACAGCAGCAGCAACAAACGUCACAGCAGCAGCAACAAACUUCACAACAACAACAAUCACCACAACAACCACAACUUACCAUUAAAAGCUUGAUAAAUCCAGACAACGCGGCUUUGUUAACUAAAGCACGUUUGCGUGAACUUGUCAAAGAAGUAGAUCCAAAUGAACAGCUAGAAGAGGACGUCGAAGAUCUUAUGUUGCAAUUAUCCGAUGAUUUUGUCAAUGAAUUAGUCAAAGCAGCAUGCAUAUUUGCUAAACAUAGAAAAUCAAAUAUUGUUGAAGUUAAAGACGUUCAACUUUACUUAGAACGGUACUUAAAUAUGUGGAUACCUGGUUUUGGCACGGAUGAAUUGAAACCAUAUAAAAAGGCGCCAAUUACAGAAGCCCAUAAACAACGAACAGCGCUUAUCAAGAAAGUUGCCAGUAAAAAAUACUAAUAUAAAUGUUAAUUUGUUACAUGUCACCAGCACUACUGUUCAGAAUUUCUUCAACAUUUAUUUUUGGUUGUAUAAAACACCACUUAAGGACUAUUUAAUAUAAAAUUGGAUGAAUGUAAGACUUACUCUAAUAAUAAAACAAUAUUUUUUUAUCAUCAAA